GUGGCUAAGCAAGUCAGUCACAUUUACGACGAACUAGAAACAUGGUCAAAAUUAGCUGUUCGCUGGUGGUGCUCCUUUCGCUUUGCGCUUGUUCAUACGCUCAAUAUGAAUAUCCACAGCAGCGACCUUCGCCGGGAACUGGAGCUCAGCCUACUGGUGGGCAAGUAGACAAUCGCAUCCUUGGCAAUCUCCUCGGUGGAGGAGGCGGUGGCGGUGGAGGACUCUUCGGCAAUUUGUUGGGCGGCCUUUUCGGUGGCAACCGUCCGCAGCCCCAGCCCUACCCAGUGCCAGUUCCGGCAUAUGGGGGCGGUUUCGGCGGUGGAUACCCACUUGGAGGAGGCGGCUAUACGGGCGGUCUGCCUGGCGGUUAUCCUGGUGGCUUUGGCGGAGGCUUCGGUGGCGGCUACGGCAAUCCAUACGGUGGAUAUUAUGGCUAAGACCACUAUUUGUGGAGGUCCAAACGUAUUAUUUGAUUUAUAAGUUGUUGACAUUGAGUAUUAAAUUUAAUUCAUG